AUGCACUAUUGGUAGAAAUUACCCUUUGUGGAUAAAUGCUUAACAUAUGACAUUGGUACCACACAUGUUCCUCAUCAUCUCUUAUCUGAAUAGACUCAUUACAAUGCUAGGGUAUAUUACAAUUCUAUUAUUUGCAGGAGGCUAAUAUCUAUCUUAAAAAAGUACUUGGUGAUUUAUACCACCAAGAUAUUAAUAAAUUUUGGAUAUCUUUUCAUCAAACUGCCAGUCUUGUUGGAGUGUAACACAAAGCAAGGGAGUCUGGAAAUUUGUUAAAACUCGAUAUUUAUUUCAUAUUUUUAGUACAAACAUAUUAAUAUCAUAUUCUGUAGUUAUAGAAGCACCUAAUGAUGAGAAUCGUAAUGAAUAUAACUAACUUUAGGCUUAGAUCUAUUUAGAAUAAAUAUUUCAAAAUUAUUUUUAUAGAUAUAAUUUUAAUUAAAAAUAUUUAAUUUAAUUGAAAAUAACAUUGUGA